AUGAAGCGAGUUUCACGAAGUGAUAUCGCCAAUUGCGUGAAAUUUUUAGCGACGGUAACACAGCGUACUUGAAGUGUGUUUGCGUCCAAUUCUCCGCUUUUCGGUUUGCACAAAAACCUGUUGGACGCAGAAAUCGGUCAAGAGAGGCACAUGGUUUACUUCUCGGAAUGGUCAAACAAGGCAAAACUACUCCAAGUUUAAACAAAUUUAGAGCGGAGGCAGAAAUAUUGAAACAUUUGAAUUUCAAGCCAUCGAUCAGCACUCGACGACUAUUGCAUAUCCUCUGAGGUAUUUACAUUCCAUUUGAAUUGAUCAUUGCAGCCGAGAACGAAAUCUUUGCCUGCCUUUACUGCUGCUGUUGCCGUUGCAAUUAUUUUUCUAUCGCAUUCUAUUACAUUUCAUCUUCGGACAUUUCAAUUUGAAAAUGUCAGAUUUUGUUUUCAACGAGUCAACCUACACUCCGGUACGGGUAACGAAUCAUUUGGAUGCGUUUGAGUUUGAUGUUUUUCUAUUGCUACCAUUCUAACAUCGAACAAAUGUUGGACAUCUUUGUCAAAUUACCAAAUCAUUUCUAUCAUCUAAUUAAUAUUCUAAAGCCGAGAGUUGCAGUUGCGGUGGGAGCAUUCUUGCGUGCACCUCGAGAGCUAGGACAUAGUGCGAAUUUUACGCAUUUGUUUUCUUCUGAACGAGAGGAGCAGCGCGAUUACAUAGAUGGGCUUUUGGUUGUAUCAAUAAUCCUGUCAUUUCUCUUCUUUAUAUGGGCAUUUGUACUGAUAGUGUUGAAAUGUAAAGGGCAGGAGGUUGGCUGUGCCUCGGGACUUGCUUUCGAAAGCCACCGUCCUGAUUAUGAAAAAAGCGAGACACAAGAAGGGAAAACCCAGGAUGAUAUUGCUUCUACUUCCGAUUCAUCAAGCGCCGAAUCGAUGAGUGUAUCUAGUAAUAAGCCUCUAUUUUCAAAAUAUCGAGGGAAGCUAGCUCAAAAUUCAAGUAGCGAUGCUGAACAAGAUAAUAUUCAUUCGAAAAGAAAAAUUUGGCGAUGUGUAAAGCGUCGGGAGAGUAAAGCGAAGAUGAAUGGAACCAAUCAACGUGAGCGUAGAACGAGAGCGGCAUUUAUUGUCUUUGCCUCCAUCACCCUGAUUUGUACACCAUUGACCCUCUUUCUCACUUUUGGUUCACUAAAAAGGGCGCUGGUGGAGACUACGAGUGAAGAAAUUCCAGACAGUCUAUUUUUGGUACGUAUUGCCAACUAAUGAUUACGGCAAAAAACAACCAAAUGCCAUCGUCCCUAUUGAUACGAAAAUCGAGGCCCUCACGUUAGUAUUUUUUUCUCGAAACCGUGCGUUAAUCAUUCUUUCGACAAACAGAAUAUACAAAAUACAGUGAACGACAUGGAAUUGUCCCUAAAAGCCAUCAAUUCGCUUUCGUCAGAUGCUCUUCAAUUGGUCGAUGAGGUGCCAACAGACCUCGACAUUAUUUGCCCACUUGUUAACAUGACUGAAUUUGAAUCUUAUCUUGGCGUCGAUAUAAAUGGCAUCAUAGAGACAAUUGUCGACCAGCAGUAUCGUUUGAAGGAUGACAUCAAAGCUCAAUUCGUGGUUCAGCAAUCCUUUGCAGAUAGAAUAGAGAUUGUGUUGACUGCCAUCGAAUCAUAUGGAGAUGAAACAGAAAAGUAUCUAAUGAUUCUACCCGGAUUUUUAUUGGCAAUUGGUAGCCUCGUUGUGAUAGCGAUGCUCGGUGUCGUCUUGGCUUGGAGAGAAAGGUCUAGUGCCCGUUUUCAACGAAACAUGACAUACAUUGUGCUUCCGCUCCUCAUCCUAAGUGCUGUCACGUGCUGGAUAAUACUGAUGACGUUAGCUCUGACUACAAUCAUUGGUACAGAUGUCUGUUUAUCUAGUUCUUCAGAUGGCUCACCAGAUGAAACAAUACUAGAAAUUCUCGAAACAGUAGGAAAUGGGACGGAAGGUACAACAUAUCAAACAGCAUUUACAUAUAUUAACCAGUGCCAUGGCCCCGAUCCUAUGCAAGUUAUCGAGGAUCUCAAGUCAGAAACCCAAAAGUUUGUUGACAAUAUUUGGCGGCAGGUAUCCAAAAUCGACGCGGUUGGACGGGCAGACGUGCUUCAGAAGUGCGGCAAUACCCAAGACUUCCAGGAAAUGCUGACUGGAGCAAGAGAUUUGGCUAUGUCACUGACGAAUAUGCGACGAGAAUUGUCGAGUCUUUCAAAGACUAUGGGAUGCAACUCAAUCCAUCCCAUUUACACUCAAGCAUCUCAUGAAAUUAUUUGUACAGAGACUUUGUCGGCAUCAUCAUAUGGCUUUAUUAUGUUUCUUAUCAUGUUUCUUUGUGUGAUGGCCAUGAUCUCAUUGCGUUCUUCUUGGCUUGGAAACAUUGAAGAAGAAAAAGUGUAUCAUGAUGAGACUGAAGUUGCGGAGAAUAUGGUCGUAGACGAGCAUGAAGAAUACCUGGCGUACAUUUCACGUUAUAAACACGAAUGGCAAGAGUAUGAAGGGUUUGAAGAAGAUGGUGCCGUGAGCUCUUCACCGAGAAGCGAAUUUCAUGAUCAAGGAAGAUCAGGCUACCCAGAUUGUACGGAAUAUUACUAUAAUGACGAAGAAGAAGAAUAUUCUUCUCGUGUAUCUGAAUCCGACAUCAGUACAAUGGAUAGUAGAAUUAUGUGUAUCGAAGACGAACAACAAAAAGAAACAAUGCCACACCAUCUAGAUACCCUUUGCACAGAAAAGGAUGAAGAAGUCUCCUGUGUGUCUAGCAAAAUACCAUUCACCACUUUUUCUAGCGAAAGAAUGAGAAAGGACAGUCACAUCCUGACAUUGCCACCUUCGGACUUGCCGCCUCCGAUGAAUCCUGAAUUGUACAUCGAUCAUGAUGAGUCGACAGAAAACACACCGGAUAAUUGGGACUACUCGAAUGUUGGCUCAUCUCCACAAAAAUCAAGAAAAAAAAGAACGAAAUCCUUUUUUUCAUCAUCAGCAACUACUGCCUACAAGGCUCAGGACGAGGGCGAUGAUGAUAGCCACCAUCAAGACCACAAUCUGGACUUUGUCCCAGACUUUGAUAAAUUCCUUUCACAUGACCAGCAUUCAACUGGAGAAGUUGAAGUGCAACUCAACAAUAUUUAGAACAUAGAGAGCUCGUUCAUGCGCAUUAAAAUUUUUUUAAAAUG